CUGAUGGGGGAGGUAGAUAAUUCGUGCAGACCAAACCUGAAAGUGAUCAGGUUUGGCCUUGGAAAAAUAACACUUUUAGUUUUUUGCUGGCCUCUAACUCGAUGAUUUUUAAUAGAUAAUCUACGCUUGAAUAGGGCAAUGGGCACGGCUGCCGUCUGUCGCUAUGGAGUCAGGCGCCUUUUUCUCUCCUGCAAUGAACUCAGUUUCUAGUUUUAUCGGUGAGCGCAACGUUAUAGCGCGCUCUUGUCUCUUGUCGUAGCUGUUUCUACUCAGAAAACAAGCACUGUUUGGCGUCUAGCAGAGGCAAACGUCGCAUGACUGUAUUGACAUGAUCUUUGAGGUAUAGGAAAAGCAGAUGUAAGUAGUGAUCGUUUGGGCAGAUUUAAAGGGCUACAUCAGGAAUAAUCUCUUCACCUUCCUCGCCAACAAGAUGUCAGCUACAUAUUUGGAUGUGAGCGGCCGAGAUGGGGAGGGUGAACCACAGGAGUUUACCCCUAGUUCUGGAUUAGGCAUUGAUACCGUCAUGGAAGAAGACCUAGGUGAUGUACUUGUAGAAGAAAUACCAAACAUAAAAAUUGGCAUCUGCGCUAUGAACAAAAAAACAAAGUCAACACCAAUGCAAGAGAUCUUGAGUCGCAUAAUGCGAUUUGAGUUUGUUGACGUGGUGGUGUUUUCUGAUGAUAUGAUACUUAAUCAUCAAGUAGAAGAAUGGCCACUUUGUGAUGCAUUGAUCUCAUUCUAUUCAUCUGGUUUUCCACUGGACAAGGCAAUAGAGUAUUCCAAGCUUAGAAAUCCAUUUGUUUUGAACGACUUGGAAAUGCAGUACACUCUACUAGACAGGUGUGCUGUGUAUGAACUGUUAAAAGAAGGAAAUAUUGAGACACCACGCUAUGCUAUUCUCAUGAGAGAUGAGGAUGGAAACCCCAUCGACACAAACUUUGUUGAGUUAGAGGAUUCAAUACAAAUUGGAAAUGUGGUCUUCCAGAAGCCAUUUGUAGAAAAGCCAGUAGAUGCUGAAGAUCACAAUGUUUUCAUUUACUACCCUUCCUCUGCUGGAGGUGGAAGUCAAAGAUUGUUUCGGAAGGUUGGCAGUCGUAGCAGUGUGUACUCUGCAGAAAGCUGUGUCAGAAAAUUUGGCUCCUACAUUUAUGAAGACUUUGUACCAACAGAUGGAACUGAUGUUAAGGUAUACACUGUGGGUCCAGAGUAUGCCCAUGCUGAAGCAAGAAAGUCCCCGUCUCUAGAUGGUAAAGUAGAGAGAGACAGUCAGGGCAAAGAGAUUCGCUAUCCUGUUAUCCUGAACCCCUACGAGAAAGAGAUGGCACACAAAGUUUGUGAGCUGUUCAAGCAAACAGUGUGUGGCUUUGAUCUGUUGAGAACCCAUGGCACUUCAUAUGUGUGUGAUGUGAAUGGCUUCAGCUUUGUCAAGACUUCAAAGAAAUACUAUGAUGACUGCUCUCAGGUUCUUGUGAGCAGAAUCUUACAAGAGCUAGCCCCACAGCUCUACAAGCCCUACAAUCUGCUAGAAGAGUCUAGUGAGGACCGACCAAUCACAGACACCCUGAAUGGAACCAUGAUGGAGUUGCGAUGUGUUAUUGGCAUCAUACGGCAUGGGGAUAGGACACCAAAGCAGAAACUGAAGAUGGAAAUUAGACACCCCAGGUUUAUACAACUUUUCAAGAGACAUAACAGUCAUAAUGAGAAAAAACUGAAGUUAAAGAGGCCCAAACAGCUGCAGGAAAUCCUAGAUAUAGUACGUGACCUUCUGGAGGAACAUCAUGCAGGGGUGACCAUGUUUGAAAACCCAAACAAGUUACGGCAACUCAAGAAUGUGCUGGAGAUGUAUGGUCAUUUUUCUGGCAUAAAUCGUAAGAUACAGCUGAAGUACCUUGGAUUUGUCAAGGACACGCCGGACAGUAGUGGUAACGAAGAGCGCCAAGCUAAGCAAGGCUAUGAGUCAGAAAGCGAGAUGUUCCUCAACUAUAACAAAGAGAAGGCAUACAAAAGCAGCAAAGAUGAAGAAGCCAUAUUAUUGAUAAUGAAAUGGGGAGGGGAGCUGACGGCAACAGGCAAAAUACAGGCAGAAGAGCUUGGCCGUGCCUUCAGGUCAGUUUACACAUCAGAGCAAUGGUCCCCUACUGCCAAAUAUCUACACAACGUCUUUUUCCCAUCAAGGUGUAUGUACCCUGGGGGACAAGGCGAAUACUCCAACCUUCCUGGGUGUGGCUUGCUGCGUCUACAUAGCACAUAUCGGCAUGACCUGAAAAUCUAUGCAUCAGACGAGGGAAGAGUGCAAAUGACAGCGGCUGCCUUUGCAAAAGGUUUCCUUGCUUUAGAAGGUGAACUUACUCCAAUCCUGGUCCACCUUGUAAGAAGUGACAAGAACACUACGGAAAUGCUGGACACUUCAGAUCAAGCAACAAAAUUAAUGACCAGGGUAAAGCAACGACUACAUGAAAUACUCUCACAAGAUAAGAAGUUUACAGAUGAAGAUAUCAGCAAGCUUGCACCCACUAAAUCAGCAUCUCUGAUUGAGGCAAUAAAGAAAGUCCAGAACCCGCGAGAGAUGUGUGCCAAGCUAGCCAACAUGGUGCAUGACCUUACAGAACAGCUAAAAGACAUGAUAAAUCAGAAAAAAUACGACCCUAGAGAUCCUUUCUUGUAUCAUGAUGACACUCUUGAAUUGAUGACUCAUCGCUGGAUCAAACUCGACAAGGACUUUCGUCUGAAACACGGAAUGUAUGAUAUCAGUCUUAUCCCUGACAUAUAUGAUGGGAUCAAGUACGACCUGCAGCACAAUAACCAGCUUGGUUUGAAGAACACAACAGAAAUGUACAACGUGGCGAAAGCCCUGGCUGACAUAGUGAUUCCACAGGAAUAUGGCCUUUCAGCAGAGGAGAAGGUUAAGAUAGCACGUAAAAUGUGCAUCCGUCUUCUACGGAAGAUCCAAGGAGACCUAAAGCAUGCAGACACAGAGGACACACACACCCGUCUCAACCCGGAGUACUCCCAGAGUGUGAUCACCCCCCAUCGGCACGUCAGAACCCGUUUGUACUUCACCAGCGAGAGCCAUGUACACUCCAUCAUAAAUGCCCUAAGAUAUGGAAAGAUGUUCGAGUCGGAGAAUCAGGAUGCUCAGUGGAAGCGUGCCAUAGAUUUCCUCUCCGAAAUCCCAGAGCUGCACUACAUGACGCAGAUUGUGCUCAUGCUCUAUGAAGACCCGACCGCUGAUCUGCAGUCUGAUAACCGGUUUCAUAUUGAGCUUCACUUUAGCUCAGGCGCUAAAACACUCAAUGAUCAGUCACGUGGUCGUUCUGCAGAGCCUAAACCCUCCCGUCCAGUCUCCCCAGGGGUACCUAGUACACACCCUGAGUCCCCCCCAGGAGAUACAAGCGAAGGGGACAAGCCAGCUCCUGAGCCUGGUGAUAGAAAGGCUGAACCAGGGUCGCCUGCUCCCUUUGCAUCAGUGGAGACGCACUUGAGCGAAUCGUCGGGGAUCAGGGACUCGGAAAAGACCCAGACUGAGACUAAACCUAUGGACCUGGAGGAUGCAUGCGGUGAACAAGACAAAAUGGAGGAGACGGACAAGGGCUACAACUCUGAACUGUACAGCGAGGAAGACGACAAGAAUUACAACGAACGUCCCCGUUGCGCCAUCGGUAUGGAGGACUUCUCGGACCCCAGUUCCUCACCCGUGUCUAUCGACAAGCUGGAAGGGUCACAGCUCCUUGCUUCUGAGAGUGAUAUGGGUGCCGUGGAUGAGGAGAUGCCAGCUAGAUAUGGUCAACGCCGGCCAAGCCGUAGUUCCAGUGAAGGAAAUCUGAAGAAAGCUUCCGAAUUCAAAGAAGCGGUUUCCGUGUCGCUAGAAAACUCUGAAGAAAUAAAUAGAAGGAACUCAGAUUCUGAAGCUUUCUGCCGUACCGACUUGCAGGAAAAACAAGAACCUUCAAGAGAGGCCUACGUUGCUGUUGACAGCGCAAUGCCGGACGAGACCAAGGAGAUGGAAGGUGACCGCAGACCUUCCUUCCAUCGCGCAAGAUCUCUUUCAGUCUCAUACCUGAAUGAAACCCCAAGUGAUAUGGAGCUGCCCACCCAAAGCAACUCUGCGUCCAAGUCGGGUGAAUCUCGCGCGAGCUGCAUGGAGGCGGAGACCAUGAGUCUGCCAGACACUGAUCAUAUGAGUUUCCCUAACCCCGAGCCGAUGAACAGACGUGCAAUGAGUACAUCAUUGGUACCAGACUUGGCGCUAGUCCUUGACCAGGAGGAAAGCCACUCUACCCGACAUCCAUGUGCGUGUUCGCACCCGACAUCAGCCAAGUCAGAUAGUGUGGUAGAAAAGCGACGGCGAGUUAGCACGUCCGAGUUAUCGGACAAAGAUACUCUCGUGCGUGAGGUCCAGUCUUCGCCCACCUUCAAGCUCGCGUCCUCCCGGCGGGGAUGGAGGUCGCCAGUUCGCGCAGAAAUCGGGUCAGUUUACUACUUGCCUGCUUUUAGAGCGGUGACGCGAAAGAUAUCCCUACAGAAUUACGGCGCGUUUCGAGUGAGACCGCUAACGAUUAGUAAAGAAGAUCCAAAGAGGCCACCAAUCGCCGAUUUCUACACGGAGGGUACCAUCGCAGCAUCCCUUCACCCCUUGCAAACCCUACACAACUCGAUCAAACUCAAGAGAAUGGACCAGUUCCUAGAGCGCUUGUGCAGUGACGGUAGCGAAGAGAGUGACGUCAGUACGCCUGCUACUUCUCCGAAGCGGAAGCGCCCGUCCAAGAAACUCGAGUUGAAAUCGUCCACGAACAGGGUUCUCACACACGAGGACUCGGUGGUCGGGUUGGACUUGGAUUUUGGCGAUUUAGCAUUCGAUUCAUCCGAUAAGAACUCUCCCGACAGCUGACAUGUGCUUUAAGGCAGUCUUUAGUUUACUUAUUUAAAGUGUAGCAGUAGUUUGCUGCCAGCUGGUCGCUCUAUCUUUGUUUUCCUUUUCUUAUUCGCGGAGCGCUUCGCGUCAGCCCUGCGCGAUCAGUAAAAACGCGCCAACACUACGCCCCUCGAUUUGAAAACGAGGUCGGUAUCCUCAUUUUUUUUUAUUACACUUUUUGAAAGCCCUUCACUUCAAUAUUGUUUAUGCCAAGUUUAAAAAAAUUCUGAGUUGUAGAACUAUUGAAAGGGAAUUACCUUAAUAGAACUAGACCCUGCGCGCAGGGUUGACUGGGAUACCUAAGGUCUGCAACAUGUUUGAGCACUGUGUUGUAACAUGUAUGGCAAAGAUUUUACUGCCCACUUUGUAUAUAAUAAAAAAUAUAUAGAUUCUU